AUGGUGUGGCAAGAGCAGAGCAAACACCGACUCGGAAAGGCCACACUGGCGCGGUGUCGGCAAGUCGCCCAAAAUCUGCAUCUUGCGGCCGGCAGCCACUCCAAGGCUACAGCAGCGCUGCAGCUGGUGAGGAGGCACCUGGGUUGCGAGAUGACGGUCGCCCGGCGCCUUGAUGAGGUUCUCUCCGUGGAGGCGGGUUCAAUUCUGGCCCGUGGUCAUGAGGCGGCAGAUGAAGGCAUGGCCGUCGUGAGCGACAUGAUCAAUGGCUUCCUUCAGAUGGAGGCAGCUCGUGCAGAAGAUCUGAGCAAUCAGCCCAGCACCACAGCCGUGGAGCUCUCCUUCAACGCAAGGAAUCUGGGAAUCCUGUUGCUUCCGACGCUGCUCGAGUGCACACUAGCCGGCAUCACCAAGUGCUGGGACUGUGACUGGGGUCUCCUGGGACGGCAACUCCAGCCUUUGCAUGACCUGGUCUUGAAGAAGCCCCUGUUGGACCAUGCAGCAAUGGCCCUCUUACAGCUCAUCUGGCUACGUGCCCCGAUGCUCCUCCCAGGCGAGGCCGACGAGAAAGGGAAGGGAAGGCCCCAAGGAUGGGUCCCCCAAGGACUGCCUAUGGCAAAAUGCAUUUAUGGUUUGGCCUGCCUGUCCCAGGAGAUCCACGACACCCUGGUGGUAGAGGGCAUGGAGCAGGCAAAUGCCCAGGAGAUUCAGCUCAUGGCUCACGUCCGACGGGAAGUGCUCCAGCAUCUGGGCCAGUCGGGACGGUGGCAGCCUGAGCACGGCAAGCUGGAGUCCGGGCAGGUUGUCCCCGAGACGCCCCCCGUGUCCAAGAAGCGGCCGAGCACAAAUCGUCAAUCUUCGCCGAAGAAGAGGCGCACGGCCAACCAGCAAAUUGUACCAGUGGGAGCGCAGGAGAUUGAAUCCUUCAUGGCUGCCCUGUUGGACAAGUUCGGCUGCGAGCCGCUCGUGGGGUCCUUCAUGGAGCGGGUCGAGAAAGCAAUGGCAGCGAUGACUCUAGCAGCGACCAAGGGCUUCACCAAGGAGGCCAAGGAGGCGUCAGAUGCGGCGCUUGCAGCGGAAAAGAUUGCAGAUGUGAUGAUGAACUUCCAGAUCCUGCUCGGUUUCGGAAAGGAGGCCAAGCAGGCUAUCGUCGACCAACUGCCGCAGCUUGUACGGCACUUGCUAGAGACCUCUUCGUGGCCGGAUUGCUGGAGGCAUGCCCUUUGCGACAUGCUCGAGCUGGUGAUUCACCAGAAGCUGGCCCGGGAGUCAUCCGCCUCGCUCUGGGACCAGGUCGGGCAGAAAUGGUUGGAGCAUGCCAAUGCCAGCCGACUGACGGCUGUGGGUAGUUUGGCGACGGUGCUGGCCGGUGUAUUGACCCAGAUGCCUGAUGCGAAAGCCGCCGAAAGCCUCAAAUGCAUGGAGAACCUGCGAUACUCCGCAGCUUCCUGUUUGAUUUGCUUCCAGAAGGCAGACCCUCAGAAGACCUUGGACGGCAAGCUCGCCUUUAGCGACAUGAGUUCGGCCGAGGAGGACGAGGCACCGCGUUCCAGUCGACUUCGUCACUCCGACGAGUUGCACCUUGACGCGAGCGACAGCAGUGAAGAGAUCGGGAGCGAGGAUAGCUGCUCUCAGUCGGAGGGCGAGGGUGGCACCGACCUCGAGAGCUUCGAGGACGAUGCAGCAGAGUUCAACGAUUGCGGCUUUCUGCUUGCGGACAGCCCACGGAAGCGGCAACGGUUCACCUCCGGCGCUGGCGCUUCCAGCUCUGAUCAGCCGACCAGCAGCAUGCGACACAGGUCCAAUCUCGUCCCUGAUUGGAAGGAGCGUGUCAAAGAGAUCUUGAAGAAGCUUCCGGCAGGUCCAGAAAAAUCGGACAAGCUCGGAGCCGACUCCGGAGGGAAUGACCUGUCCUCUGACAAAGCCGUUCGGACCGACGAAGAUCUUCAGCCUGACAAAGAUCUCCCGCCAGACGCCGUGAAAGUUGACGCAAAGUGCGACCUUCAGCUUCAGGCCGUAAAUGAAAUCAGUGUGCAAUGCUGA